GUUCAGCAAAUCUGUGAAAUUCCUCUAAAUAAUUACUUUUGUUAAGUACUAGCUUUUUCUAUAUCUCAGUAUUCUAAAAAGGGUAUUUUGCGCUUGUCACUAAGACUUUUUUCCGAGUUCAUGAACGAAUUUAAAAGUAAGUGAUUUUCUUGUUACGUGGCGGGCGAAGAAAAAAGAUUCAUGGUUCUAUGGCCACUGUUGCAAAUGUUUUGCAUUACCAAGUAUUAUGGACAUCCGACAAGGUAAAGAAAUCCAAAGUAUGGAAAGAUGGAACUAUGCGGUUUCAUACAUUCAACAAUCAUGGGAUUUUAUACGAUUCUCAAAACCGUGUCAUAGACGAGUCUUUUAUAUUCAACCAAAAAAUACAAAUCGAUGCUCAUCUAGAAUUGAAUCGUACACUAAUUUAUGUCGAGGACUUGCAAGCAACGACAUCGAAGGAAAUUCCUCCGCUUCCAUCCAAAUCAGCCACCGCUUACAAAGAUAUUUCCGCUCGUCCUUUGUAUUUGACAAAGCCAUUUCAUGGUCCUUCCCGAUCUUCUUCCUUCAAUCCUCCUUACCAACAGCCUUCCGUUGUCAAGUCCACGAAUGAAGCAGGGCAAUCUUCGUUGCUUCAAGAAGAAUUUCCAUCUUUUCAAGAACAUAAUUCUCCCCAUCGUUCAUUUUCAUCCUCGAAACCUUUUUUGCAUGGUAAUAAAAGUGCGGAAAAUGGUGUGUCGACGGCCGCAAAAAAAAACUUCGUGCCUCCAAUGUCUUCUACUUCUGCACCUAUUUCUUCUGAGAAAACUUACUCUUCACUGCCGAAACCAUCUCAUAACUCUACAUCAUUCAAACCGCCAUUCAAAAAUAAUUUGACAACUACUACGGUUCCCCUUGAUUCUUUGAAACAUCAAGUUUCGAAACCAACUAGGAUUGCGUGUAUUCCCGUUCUUCGAAGACCAAGGUCUCCCUCCAAUGUUCUUCAAGAUGACCCCUUAGAAAAUUUUGACGAAGAUAAUAUUGACUCUGAUUUUUUUUCUUCUCCUUCCCCAGAUUACGAGUCUACUCCCCCGUUUCUUAAUGAACCAAUGGAUGCUGGCCACCCGUUGGGAAAUUCCAAUCCUCUUUUUUCUUCAUCUUUGUCGGAACCAAUGCUGACCAGUUCAGGAUCAGCCUCGGGACCAACGCUACCUCCGUGUGAUGGGAAGACUGAUACAUCUCCGUCCUUUGAAAAGUCUCUUUCCUUUCCUUCUCUGGAAAAUUCCUUCAUAAAUAGAAAUGAAACUCAUGCCGCAUCGGUAAAGAGGAAUCCUGUACCUCGGUUGCCUAUGCCGCGCUUACGAAAACCAGUCGGAAAGCGAAACAAUUUUAGUAACGUUACGGUGUCGGAUCCUUCCAAAAAUCUUUAUGAACGAGCUAUGCGUAGUACAUCGAUGUUAGCUGCUCAACCAAAUUUACCUGAAAGUACGGAUCCUGAAAUACCUAACUCACCAGAGUUUUUGGAAAGUGAUAACGAAGAAGACUCACAUACGGAAAGGACAAACUCAAAAAAUCCCGAAACAGCUGCUCCUAUUACUUUGCCAAAUAAUAAAAUAUUCAAGCCAGCAACUUUCCGACCACCUAGUUUUGUUUCAAAGCCAAGCCUCCCGAAUGCUGUUACAGAUUCUAAUACGAGGAAUCAGUUUAGUUCCCCCUGUUCUGUACCAAAGCCUGACUCUUCCACGAUGAAACCAGUCUCUCAUUUACAUUCCGCCUUGACUAAACCUUCGGGACCUUCUCUUCGAACCGGACUUUUCGUUUACGGAAAAUACUCGAAACAGUUUCAUAAUGCAAAAGACAAGGGAAAGGUAGAGACCUCGCAAAAAGGCUUUGUUUCAUCAGCAUUACCAACUAGUCAAAAAACAACUUCUAAACCCUUCACGGCACCCUUAUCUCGUGCGUCGGGAAACUUUGUUUCUCCUUUACAAACUGAAACGGUGAAUAAUUCUAUCUCUGCAAAUUCUUUGAAUCCUUUAACCACCUUUCAUAAUACUUUAUCGCUAAAUACAGAACGGUCAGAAGAGGUGGACUCGACAGCAAUGCUCAUUAAAAAAGGAAACAACGUUACAACCUCAUCUCCUUCUUCUUCUCCACGAAGAAAAGUUCCUGCAGGUUCCCUUCGUAAACAAUAUACCUCUUCUCCCAUACAGCGGUUUUCUUCGGAAUGCAAAGACUUACCCUUUGUCAAUUCCAUUGCUAUCUCCUCUACCACAAGUAAAAUUAAAAGGGUAAAGUUGAGCAUGCUUCGAUUUAAAAGCCGUAACACAAAACCUACGACAACGAGUAUCGAGGAAGAAGAAAAUGAUUUUAUUUAAGGAAGGAAGGAAAAGGGGAAAACGUAACAUCUUGCUCAUUCGUUUCGUUCAUGGGUCAGGAAGACGCCAAACAAUGUACAUUUAUUCUUUCUUACUAUUUAUGCAUGUGUAUGUUUUACAAGAUUUUUGUUUUUCAUUUUAUGUUCGAUAUUUAUAUGAUUUUCUUUGAAUUGAUUAAUAAUUAAAUUUAACUCAAAUGUGU